AUCAUCAUUCAUCAUCAUGAUGGAAACUGGUAGUUUCUAUUGAUGCUUAUCUUUGGUUUUGUGCAAAACCCAGAACGACAACGUUUUAUACGAUUGCGAGACUUGGCACGCUCUCCGCGUGAGAAGGCUAGGCUUUUGAAAUUUCCCUUAGCGGCGCGCGAUUUGCUGCUACGCGACAAUCUCACACACACACAUCCAUCUUUUUGCUCUCCCAACGCCACAGCGCCCUCUCUUCUCGUUCAGUUUCGUCGUCAGAAUAUGGAGACUUUACUGGCGAAUUGUGUGGAGAAAAACCUUACCCAGUUCAUGUUCUCCAAUGCGAUCUUCCUUUGCGAACGUCUCCUCGCCCAAUUCCCCUCUGAGGUGAACCUGCAAUUGUUAGCUAGGUGUUACUUAAGUAACAGCCAACCUUAUAGCGCUUAUUACAUCCUCAAAGGUUCAAAAACGCCUGAAUCUCGGUAUCUCUUUGCAUUCUCAUGCUUUAAGUUGGAUCUCCUUGGAGAGGCUGAAUCAGCAUUGUUAUCAACUGAACAAGUUCCUGGUGGUGCAGCUGGGCAUUAUCUUCUUGGUCUUAUCUAUAGAUAUGCGGGGAGGAAGAAUAGUUCGAUACAACAGUUUAGGAUGGCAUUGUCAUGUGAUCCAUUGUGUUGGGAAGCAUAUGCAGAACUUUGUAGUUUAGGUGCUGCUGGAGAUGCCUCAGUAGUUUUUGGCAACGUCGCUGCCCAGCGUCUUCAGAAAACUAACGUCUCACAAAGAAUAAACUUCUCAGAAGGAGAAAGCAGGGACCAGCUUAUAGAUUCCGACAAGGCGUCAAAAGAUACCAGUGUAUGGCAAACAGAACAUGUUUCAGGAGAGAACCAACAAGAUCUGAAAGUCAAGCAGCUUGGAGCAGAGAUUCUGCCAGAUAGUGACAAGCAAUGUAACGGUAGUUCUCAUACAAAUGGAUGGGACCUGAAAACACCUUCUCCAGUGCUUACACAGGUAUUGGAUGCUCCACCGCCAAUGCUCUAUAAGAAUAUGCGUCGUCCAGAAGUGGAAGGAUUGAUGUAUGUACAUGGAGAGUCUCGAAGAAAGUUUGUUAGUGAAGAAGAGUCAUCAGAGGCUCCAGAAGAAUCUGGGCGUCGCCGGAGUGCCAGAAUAGCAGCAAGGAGAAAGAUUCCUCUGUUUCACUCAUAUGGAAAAGAUUCCCAUGUGUUACAUCAUUCACCUUCCGAGUCAAACGGUGUACCUUCUCUUUCCUCGAUGAUUGGAAAAUGCAGAAUCCAAAGCAGCAAGGAAGCAAUGACAUCAGGCCAGUCUAUAGGCGACACUGGAAGCUCUGUUGAUGAUGAGCAAAACUCAAACCCUCGUGGAUCUUCCCCGAAUCCUUUCAGUCUCAUGUCUGGAAUUUCAGAAGUGCUAAACCUUCUGAAAAUUCUUGGAGAUGGCCACAGGCAUUUACUUAUGUACAACUGUCAGGAAGCUUUGUUGGUAUAUCAAAAGCUAUCUGAGAAACAAUACAAUACACACUGGGUUCUCAUGCAGGUUGGAAAAGCAUAUGUUGAGCUACAAGACUACUUCAACGCUGACUCUGUCUUUACUCUCGCUCAUCAAAAGUCUCCUUAUGCUUUGGAAGGAAUGGAUACGUACUCCACUGUUCUUUAUCACCUGAAAGAAGAGAUGAGGCUGGGCUAUCUGGCUCAGGAGCUGAUUGCAGUUGACCGCCUAUCCCCAGAAUCCUGGUGUGCUUCAGGGAACUACUACAGUUUGCGCAAAGAUCACGAAGCUGCUCUUAAGAUGUUUCGGAGAGCUAUCCAACUGAACGAUAGAUUCACCUAUGCACAUACUCUUUGUGGUCACGAGCUUGCUGCAUUAGAAGACUUUGAGGAGGCAGAGAAAUGCUACCGGAAGGCACUGAGCAUAGACACAAGACACUACAAUGCAUGGUACGGUCUUGGAAUGACAUACCUUCAUCAGGAGAAAUUCGAGUUUGCGCAGCAUCAAUUUCAAGUAGCUCUCCAAAUAAACCCAAGAUCUUCAGUCAUCAUGUGUUACUUUGGAAUCGCGUUGCAUGAGUCAAAGAGGAACGAUGAAGCGUUGAAGAUGAUGGAGAAGGCUAUAGUUGCUGAUGCUAGGAAUCCACUCUCGAAGUACUUUAAGGCUAACAUAUUGGCUGACCUCGGUGAUUAUCACAGAGCCCUGGAAGUUUUGGAAGAGCUCAAAGAUUCUGCUCCUCAUGAGAGCAGUGUCCAUGCGUUGCUUGGCAAAAUCUACAAACAAGUAAAGCUAUACGACAAGGCCGUGUUAAAUUUCGGCUCUGCGUUGGAUUUAAACCCGUCUCCAUCUGAUACUGUCAAAAUCAAGGCUUGCAUGGAGAGGUUAACAGUACCAAACGAGUUGGAGACAGAGGAGGAUCUCUAGAAUCAUUGUGCAGGUAUAAAAUACAUAUACACACCCAAUUAUGUUUCUCGUAUAACCCAAAGUCUUCUUUAUUCGAUUAGUCUUGUGAUAGGAAUAUUCCUAAAACUUUGCUAAUUUCACUUACUGGUUAAGCAAUAAGGGGUAAUUUUAGAGAUAUGUAUAAAGUUGGGUUGUUGAACUAAA